CGAGCGGGACAUAGAGCACAUAUGCUGGUUCAAUCUAGAAGCAUCUUUUAUAUCAGAUAAAACCCAACCAACCUCUCUCUCUCCUAAUCCUAAUCGUCUUAGGGUUUUUAUCAUUUUUUCAUUCACUGCCUUCGCACUCUCUCGCACUCACUCUUCCUUCUUCCACGAAGUGCAAUGGCGACAGCUCAGCUAACAGCAUCCUCAAUUUCCUCGAGGAACGUGUCGUCGUUCGAAGGGCUUCGACCUUCGGCCGUUCAGUUCCCCUCCGUCGUCAGAAUUGGAACCCUCACCCAAAGGUCCUUCCGGGGUUUGUUUGUGAAAGCCGCCACUGUUGUUGCUCCAAAGUACACUGCUAUUAGGCCUCUUGGCGACAGAGUACUGGUUAAAAUUAAGGAAGCAGAAGAGAAGACGGACGGAGGAAUUCUACUUCCUUCAACUGCUCAAACAAAGCCACAGGGUGGUGAAGUUGUUGCUGUUGGAGAGGGGAAAUCAUUUGGGAAGAGCAAAAUAGAAAUUAGUGUGCAGACUGGUGCACAAGUUGUGUAUUCGAAGUAUGCUGGGACGGAGGUGGAGUUCAAUGGGGCAAAGCAUCUUAUACUGAAGGACGAUGACAUUGUUGGUAUCCUCGAGACCGAAGAGAUCAAGGAUCUUAAACCGUUGAAUGAUAGAGUCUUAAUACAGGUUGCACAAGCAGAGGACAAAACUGCAGGUGGUUUGUUGCUUACCGAAGCAACCAAGGAGAAACCUUCGAUCGGAACAGUGAUUGCGGUGGGCCCAGGGCCUCUUGAUGAGGAAGGUAACAGGAAACCGUUGUCUGUUAAUCCUGGGAACACAGUCUUGUACUCCAAAUAUGCUGGGAACGACUUCAAGGGAAAAGAUGGUUCGGACUACAUUGCAUUGAGGGUCUCAGAUAUCAUGGCUGUCCUUUCCUAGUAACAAAUUGUUCUGUUUUGUAACUUGAAAAAUUUUGUGUUCUUGAGGAAAAUGGAUUAUUAUUUUAUCUAUGAUGACAAUUGAAACAUAGCUCAUUGCAAUUAUCUUAGAAAAUCUACAAACUUCUGGUACUGUCAA